AACGCUGACAAAGAAAGAAUCAAGCGCACCGAAGGCCCGCGCGCUUCCUUUUAUCUCUUUCUCGCCGUCAACCAUUCAUCACUUCUAUUUAAAAAUGGCGGCAUCUCCAUUUACCCCCUUAAGGGCUCCCUCUUUCCCCGCUGAUCGAUCUUCUCAUAAGACCAUUCAUACAGGCGUCUCUACUUGGUAUUGUCUAGGGUUUUCUGGGCCUUUUUCCACCUCCUAACUCCAUGAAAUGAAGCGCGUGUUCGAAGAAAUCUCCGACGACGAGUGGGAGAAUCACUCCUUCAAGCCCUCACGGAUCAUCAAGAAAUCUGCGACUCCUCCGCCCCCUAUUGAAUCCUUUGCUUACCAAUCGAAGCAGGUCGAUAUUUCUGAUAGCAGCAGCGACGAUUGUUUCGAAAUCAAACCUAAUUUGGCCGAUAAUUUGGUGGAGAACUUGGAGGAUGAUGAUGCGGAAGUGAGGGAGACGAAGCCGGCGGUGGCUGGGAACCGCGGCCGUAGAUUUGUGGUUGAUGAGGAUAGCGAUGAGGAACUUGCGGACAUGUUUGAUUUGGAGGAGGAAGAUGAGGAUGAGGAGGAGGAGGAAGUGGAGGAGGAUGAUGUGGUAGGGCAGGCUUUACAGAAGUGUGCCAAGAUAUCGAUAGAGCUGAGGAGAGAGCUGUAUGGGUCGUCCGUUUCGGCAUGCGAGAGGUAUGCCGAAGUGGAGGCUUCUUCCCUUAGGGUUGUGACUCAGGAAGAUAUAUAUGCGGCCCGUGGGGAUGAGGAUUCAGACUUUCAGCUGGUUCUCAAGCCAUACCAGCUUGUUGGUGUCAACUUCCUUCUACUGUUGUACCGAAAGGGUGUGGGUGGAGCCAUAUUGGCAGACGAGAUGGGUCUUGGGAAGACCAUUCAGGCCAUAACUUAUUUGACCUUGCUGAAACACUUAGAAAAUGACGUGGGCCCCCAUUUAAUUGUAUGCCCUGCAUCUAUAUUGGAAAACUGGGAAAGAGAGCUUAAAAGGUGGUGCCCAUCGUUUUCUGUGCUUUUAUAUCAUGGAGCUGGGCGAUCAGCCUAUUCCAAAGAGCUGAGCUCUUUGGCCAAAGCUGGACUGCCACCUCCAUUUAAUGUACUCCUUGUGUGUUACUCCCUUUUUGAACGACGAAGUGCUCAGCAAAAAGAUGAUCGUAAAACUCUGAAACGAUGGCAAUGGAGCUGUGUUUUGUUGGACGAGGCUCAUGCAAUAAAGGAUAGAAACAGCUAUAGGUGGAAAAACCUAAUGUCUGUCGCACGAAAUGCAAACCAGCGUCUGAUGCUCACAGGGACACCCCUACAAAAUGAUUUGCAUGAGUUAUGGUCAUUGUUGGAGUUCAUAAUGCCUGAUAUUUUUGCUACUGGGGAUGUGGACUUGAAAAAGCUUUUAAAUGCAGAAGAUGGAGAUUUAAUUACUCGUAUGAAGUCGAUCUUGGGGCCAUUUAUUCUGAGGCGUUUAAAAUCUGAUAUAAUGCAGCAACUGGCUCCAAAGAUACAGCGGGUUGAGUAUGUGUUUAUGGAAAGGCAACAAGAUGAUGCUUAUAGAAAGGCCAUUGAGGAGUAUCGGGCCGCUUCACAAACUCGUUUUUCUAAGCUUUCAGAAGCCAACUCAAACAAUGUUGUUCUUCUUCCUCGGCGUCAGAUUUCCAAUUAUUUUAUUCAGUUUCGUAAGAUAGCAAAUCAUCCUUUAUUGGUGAGGCAUAUUUACAGCGAUGAAGAUGUCAUUCGAUUUGCUAAAAGGUUGCACCCGAAGGGCGUGUUUGGCUUUGAAUGCACAUUAGACAGAGUGAUUGAGGAGCUUAAAAGUUAUAAUGAUUUCUCGAUUCACAGGCUUUUGCUUUACUAUGGUGUUUCAGACUUGAAGGGAAUCCUUCCUGAUGAGCAUGUUAUGGGUUCUGCAAAAUGUAGGGCACUAGCUGAACUUCUCCCAUCACUGAAGGAAAGGGGACAUAGGGUUCUGAUUUUUAGUCAGUGGACAUCAAUGCUUGACAUUUUGGAGUGGACUUUGGAUGUAAUUGGGGUUACGUAUAGACGCCUCGAUGGAAGUACUCAGGUGACAGAGAGGCAAAACAUUGUAGAUUCGUUCAAUAAUGACACUUCCAUAUUUGCAUGCCUGUUGUCCACAAGAGCUGGAGGGCAGGGUUUGAACUUGACUGGGGCUGAUACUGUAGUCAUACAUGAUAUGGAUUUCAACCCACAGAUAGACCGCCAGGCUGAAGAUCGUUGUCAUCGCAUUGGUCAAACAAAACCUGUUACCAUAUACAGGCUGGUGACCAAGGGUACAGUUGAUGAGAAUGUUUAUGAGAUUGCAAAACGGAAGUUAGUCUUGGACGCAGCAGUGUUAGAGUCUGGCUUGGAGGUGGAUAAUGAAGGUGACAUUUCAGAGAAAACUAUGGGAGAGAUAUUGUCAGCACUUUUGCUGGGAUAGAAUGUCAACAUCUUGAUCUAGAGCAGGAGGGAUAUUUUUGUUUUCAAUUUUUUAGGGCCUUCUGUUGUCAUUUAGUUAAAUGCUUAUUUGAUAGGAUUCUAUUCACAAUUGAUAAUGCAUAUGCUAUGAGUGUAAAUCAUAUAGCGGGUUACCAAAUUUCGCUAAUGGAGCAAAACAAAGGUAAGUUGUUUUGCAGGAUGAUUAGUUUAUGAUAUGUAUUUGCAUUAGAUCUGAACAAUCAAUCGACUAAAUUGGUUCACAGGA